AUGAGUGGUAAAAAAUCAUAUUUACUAGCUUAUAAUGGAAUAUCAACAUUACUAUGGUCAUAUAUAUUAUAUAAUAAUAUAAUUGAUUUAUCAAAUGGGUUUUUUUCCUACAAAUUAAAUGAAGGAAUCCCUCAUAAAUUUAUAAUAAUAACUCAAUUGAUUAAUUCAUCUUUUGAAAUUUUCCAUUCAGUAGUGAGGCUUGUUCCUUCUCCUUUAGCUACUUUAUUUUUACAAUCUUUUGCAAGAUUAAUUAUAAUGAUUGGGAUAUGUUUUGUUAUACCUGAAUCUCCUGCUAAUUUUAAUUUAUAUAUUUUUUCAGGAUUAAUUUUUGCUUGGUCUAUAACUGAAAUUAUAAGAUACGGAUUUUAUUUCUUGAAGUUAUGGCAAAAGAAUGUACCUUUUGCUUUAGUUUGGUUAAGAUAUUCUGCAUUUUUUGUGUUAUAUCCCCUUGGAUUAAUUUGUGAAAGUAUAACUGUUUAUGAUUCUUACCUGGUGAUUGAAAAAAGAUUACCUUUAUAUUCAAAAUUUUUAAAAUUUGCAUUACCUUUAUAUUUACCUGGUUUCUUGUAUCUUUAUAAUUAUAUGAUUAAACAAAGAAGAAAAGUUUUAAGAAAUGAAAAACAAAAACUUCUAUAA